CGGCGCGACUCAUGCAAGUUGAGCCUUCUUAUCGCCGUUGCUCAUCUCGGGGGCGCCGCCGCCUCACAACUCCUUCCAGAUUGGGAGGAGAAUAAAUAACACAUCGUGACGUCACCUGCAAACCGACCAAACAGCCCGCGGUCCGCUCGUCUUCUUCCAAUCAGCAACAUCUUUUCCUGACCUCAACAAACACAAUCAACGCCAACCUUUGAAAGGCAAACAAUUGUCAGGCUUGGACGUAAGAUGUUUUACAAUGCUCUGAUCCGCACCCAUCACAUCACCUCGCGCAAGAAGGUCUCCGCCCUCAAACGGGCAGCCGACAUGCACAAUUGCUUCGUGCUGCUGCGCUCCGGAGGUUGUCCGGGGAUUAUGUAUGUGGAAGCGAGAGACAAAGACGCCGUCGAGUCGUGGGUGAAUGUCGUGCGGAAUUUGAGGUAUAAGGAUUUUCAGCUGGUAACUCGACCGGGGCUGUUGGAGGUUGAGUAUGAACAAAAUAGCGCUAGAGAGCGGACCGACCCCCCCAAGCAGAGGCCUGGCGUCUCUGAAGUUGACUCAGUCAAGGAAUUUGGGGGCCUGAUGGAGCAGCGGGGGGUUUGGAAGUGGUGGAGAAAGGGUAUGGGCUAUCUGAGUUGAUGGUUGCAUGGCGAUCUUUCGAGCGUUGGAAAUUCGGUGUUGGGAAAAAGCAAUCAGAGUCCUCACUGCGACUCGCCUCUGUCGAUGGGCAAGACCGCGCGGAGUCAACGCUACUGAGGUUUAACUGUCGCACCCGGGCUUCUUUGAGGGGCCACUUUUUUCAAACGCCACUG